AUGAACGCCGCCGACGAGGACUUGGACAAUAAGCUCCAGAAAAUCUCUACCGAUCUCCUUGCGGAUCUCGACAAGGCGCUGGUCACAUAUCUGCGCAAGCCUGACGGCAGCAGCGGCACAAGAGUGAGAUCUCUUGUCCGCGCCCGAGAGGCAUUUGCCGCCAUCUGCGACGUGAUUGACAACUUCCAAGAGCUCCCUCAGCUGCUCGACCCGCAUCUCCCCAAAUGGAUCCCGUUUCUGGCCAAGUCGUAUCUGGAAGAUCUGACCGCGCCGCGUCGCAAACGCGACAGCAGCGCUAGGUCCAAGGCCCUGGUCCCCGUCUCCUUUGCCAUUGCCAAGAUCCUCUACACAUUUUGCAAGGUGCGCGGCGAAAAGGUCAUUGUGCGCUUCUUGAAUGGCGAGGCCAAGUACCUCGAGCUGCUGCUCUCCUCCAUCGAAGAGGCAGAGGCGCAAGCCGCCAGCGCGCCUGCGCUUGAUCCCAGCGACGCGCUGUUCACGUCUGCAAAGGGAUGGGAGUGGGAGCAAAGGUACAUUGUGCUACUGUGGCUCUCGCAUCUACUGUUUGCACCGUUUGACCUGGCGACCAUUUCCUCGGUCGAGUUUGAGGAGGACGCGGUGCCGCGAAUCGACGGGCUGCAGCUGCAGGAGAACCUGCCCGGCAUCACGCUGCGGAUCCUGCCGCUGGCCAUCAAGUACCUGGCCGCGGCCAGCAAAGAGCGCGACGCCGCCAAGGCACUGCUCGUGCGAAUGGCGAUGCGCAAGGACAUGCAGACUCUGGGUGUGCUGAACAGUCUGAUCAACUGGGGCAUUACCUCGCUCCGUCCGCAAAAGGGCGUCGAACCGCGCCCGGCCUACUUUUAUCUGGGCGUGCUUUCCUUUCUCGCUGGAGUUUUGCGCUCGUCGUCUGAAACUUCAGACUUGGACGCGCAUCUCUCCUUGAUCUUCAAUGCCGUGCAUGCUCUCACCCUAAACGAUACUGAUGUAUCCAAGGCUGUCAAUGCGCUGGCGUUGGCGCGGAAGAUGAUCAUCAAGGUCAUCCGCUCGGUGGUUGUUACGUAUUUGCGCGGCAGCAGACAGGACAUGCAGAGCAUGGAAAUCACGGAAACUGCGAUUGGAUAUCUGCUGGACAGCCUGUCGGACAAUGACACGCCUGUGCGCAUGUCGGCAAGCAAAUCUUUGAGUGUCAUUACUCUUAAGCUUGACCCUGACAUGGCCUCCCAGGUUGUCGAGGCCGUUCUUGAGUCGCUCAACCGCAAUGUGCUGUGGAACAAGGAAGAGAUCAAACAAGGCGCACGACCUAUGCGUGAUUUGUCGGCAGUCAACCAUUUGGAGUGGCAUGGCCUAGUCCUCACGCUCUCCCACCUUCUGUACCGGCGCUCACCACCCGCGAAGCAGCUGUCGGACAUUAUACACGCAUUGCUACUCGGACUAUCCUUUGAGCAGCGAUCUCUGGCUGGCACCAGCGUCGGCGCCAACGUUCGCGAUGCUGCAUGUUUUGGCGUCUGGGCCAUCGCUCGUCGCUACACGACCGCCGAACUACUCGCCGUUCCAACCCACUCGGUAUUCGCAGCCAAGGCGCACCCGCCGGACAGCUCCAUCAUCCAAGUCCUUGCCACGGAGCUGGUGACCGCGGCCUGUCUCGACCCCUUUGGAAACAUCCGCCGCGGCUCCUCGGCCGCUCUGCAGGAGCUCAUUGGCCGCCACCCAGACACUGUUGAGCAAGGCAUCUCAGUCGUGCAGAUUGUAGACUACCACGCUGUCGCCAGACGCUCGAGGGCUAUCCAGCAGGUAGCUUCGAAUGUGACGCGGCUUGCCCGCCAAUAUGGCGACUCUCUUCUUCAUGGCAUUCUAGGCUGGCGCGGCGUCGGUGAUAUGGAUGCCCCGUCUCGGAGAGACUGCGGAGUCGCGUUUGGAGUUCUCACUAAAGUGAUGGGCGAACAUUCGGUAUCAAACAAUCUCUUUGAAACAUCUAUCAAUAUGGUGCUGGCCAGACUCCAGGGAUUGGCAACAAGAAAAGUUGAAGAGCGGCAUGGUUUGCUGUUGUGUCUAUCUUCGGUUCUUGACCAAUUUUCAAGGUUCGAAAGCUCUGGAGGAGCGGGCACCGAAAUGGGCACGGUCACCGCAGUCUCAGAAGUCUCUCGUAUCCUGCAGGAUUGCCACGAUACAACGUAUAGGCGGCCAGAGCUCAUCGCGGAGGCAGCGAGCCGAGUCACUGUAUCUACCACGCCUCUUUUACAAGCGUCAAUCGGCUACAACACGCGAGAUGAAGUCCUCGAGUCUGGAGCGAAACUUCUCUCCCCUAGCAGUUCCGGCAUGAAGGUCAUCAAAUUUCUUCAAAUCGUCCGCAAGAACGUGCCACGAAGUACCACUAUGGCAGAAUUCGCCGAGAAGCUCAAAAGUCUCAUUGCCACAUGGCUUGAGUUUUCCGAGCCAGAGACUGUCGACGCGUCAUCCUCUGCAGCUCUGCUCCUGCUGAUCAUCUCUACCGACGAGGACCGCACCCGGCUGCUGCUAGAAUGGGCCAAGCUCGUGCAAUACCGCUCCGCGAGCAGCGCCACCACCAUUGGCCAGGCCUACUUCCACGCGCUGGCCAUGGCGCAGCCGCUGGCACAGGCAACCUCGCAGCACGGCGAGUGGGACGACGUGGUGAGCGAGGCCUUGGUCGCGCGCUGGCUCGCCGACCGGCAGGUGGACACGCGCGUGGCUCUGCUGCAGAGUCUGGUGCGCACGCGUCUGCUACGCAGCAAACCGCUCGCGUUCCUGCCGCUGCUGGUGGACGGCCUGAAUGACUACACGACAAACGCGCGCGGCGAUGUCGGCUCGCAGGUACGCGUGCAGGCGCUCAAAGCGGUCCAGGUGCUGUGGGCACAGAUCAGCGAGGCAACUGGGGAAGAAGACUGGGUGGUGCAAUCGGUGCAAAAGCUCUUCUACGCAACCUUGCGCCUGUCGGUAGAGAGGCUGGACAAGGUCCGUCCGGAAGCGCAGUUGGCGCUGUCAUUGACUAUACAAAGGAGCGAAACAAACAACCUCGAUCAACUCUCCGCCUCUUCAGAGCAGUACUUUACGACGCUGCUCGAGCUCCUCUCCUACGGCAAGCUGCACAAGUCCGUCGCCGCCAUCGCCACGUCUGAUCCCGUAUCCUGGACCUCGCAGCUCAUGGCCGGUCUCGUCACGUCGGCCGACACGGGUCAGGAGGACCUCAUCAUCACCAGCCGCGCCGCUCUCGUCGCCUUUUGCCAGGCCGCGCCCGACCACCUACGGCAGGUGUGCGGCGCGCUCGUCCACAACCUCGGGGCCUACCUGUCCGAAGACCGCGUCGUCGUGCCGACUCUCGAGGUGAUUGCGUAUCUCUUCCACGCAGGCCUUUUCCAGCGCUGCGCCGGCACCACCGACUACACGGUCAGUCUGCGCAGCCUGUGCCUGCAGACGCAGCGGGCCGGCUACAAGACAGGCAAUGUGCGCAAGAUUCUUGCCUGCGUCAAGGUGUACGGCUGCGUGGCGGCCAUGGCGGAGACGGCGGAGCAGGGGCCGCCCGAGGCGAGGAAGAGGCUUGGCGCGCUCAUGUUUCAUCCGUGGCCGCGGGUGCGCAUGGCGGUGAUUGACGAGCUCUGGGGGCUGAUGGGGAGUGGCGAGGACGGCGCCGGCGCGGAUGUGCUCCUGGGUGUGGAUUGGGGGAAAGCGGACAAGGCCAGCGUAAAGGCCGUGGUGGAGGAGCUGCAGCUGGUGUAG